AAUUUGGGGGGGAACAGCCUUCGCCCUGGAGCGGUGCGCGAUGCUGUCUCACGCCGACCUCCUGGACGCCCGUCUCGGGAUGAAAGACGCGGCCGAGCUGCUGGGACACCGGGAGGCGGUGAAGUGUCGGCUGGGCGUAGGGGGCUCGGAUCCGGGGGGCCACCCGGGAGACAUGGCUCCCAACUCGGACACGGUGGAAGGGACCACCCUGCUGCCCGGGGAGGACAUCACCACGGUGGGAUCCAACCCCAGCUCCCUAGCCGUCAGCGCCAAAGACCCUGACAAGCAGCAAGGCCAGCAGGGCGGCCAGAACUCCAGCCAGGCCGGGCAGCAGCAGGGUCAGCAGAAGCAGAAGCGGCACCGCACUCGCUUCACGCCGGCGCAGCUCAACGAGCUGGAGAGGAGCUUCGCCAAGACUCACUACCCGGACAUCUUCAUGCGGGAGGAGCUGGCCCUGCGCAUCGGUCUCACCGAGUCCCGGGUGCAGGUAUGAAAAGCCGUCCCGAGCAGUGCCUGCCGGCCCUUCCCUGGUCUCACCGACGGCCGGCCGGCGGCGAGGCCAGGCACAGCGGG